AUGGGGCUUAUUUUACUGGUCGUUUUUAGCUUCAUCUACUCUCAGCUUUCGACCGCUGCCUCCGAGGACAUCGUAGUCGCUUGUGGGGGGUUUGUGAAGUCCGACGUAGAGAUAAAUUAUUCUCUGAUCGAGAUUAAGUUGUAUACAAAACAAGGGUCCCUGAAGUAUCAAACAGACUGUGCUCCAAUCAAUGGGUACUUCAUGAUACCGCUCUAUGACAAGGGGGAUUUUGUGUUGAAGAUCGAACCUCCUCUUGGAUGGAGCUUUGAACCCACCGCUGUGGACCUUCACAUUGAUGGUGUGAAUGACAUCUGCACCAAAGAACAAGACAUCAAUUUUGUUUUCACAGGAUUCUCUGUGUCUGGAACGGUUUUAAGUAAAGGUCAUCUGCUUGGCCCAGCGGGUGUAGAGGUCACUCUUUCCAGAUCCGGGACUGGAGAAAAGAGUGUUGUCACACAACCUGGGGGAAAGUAUACCUUUUUCAAAGUUCUUCCUGGGCGUUAUGACAUCACAGCUUCACACCCUUCAUGGACCCUUGAGCAGAGUGCGACAUCAGUACACGUGUCCAACGCCAAUGCUCCAGCCGCUGCUCCUCUGCUGGUGGGAGGCUACGAUGUCUCAGGGGAGGUCCGCAGUGAUGGAGAGCCCAUGAAAGAAGUCACCUUCCUGCUCUACUCCGCCACUGUGAAGAAAGAGGACAUCAGUGCUUGCAACACGUCCCCCGUGGUUGGGGCAGAGUCUGGAGACAGUUCCCUCGUGUAUCUGUGCAGUGCUUUGUCCAAGGAAGAUGGCAGCUUCACUUUCCCCUCUCUGGCCAGUGGCGAAUACACUGUGGUGCCUUUCUAUAGAGGAGAAAGGAUUACGUUUGAUGUCGCUCCUUCACGUCUGAAUUUCAAAGUUGAGCAUAAUAGUUUGAAGCUAGAGCCAAUCUUCCGUGUGAUGGGUUUCUCUGUGACUGGGAGAGUCCUCAACAGUGUCGCUGGGGAGGGUGUGCCUGAUGCGACAGUGUCUCUAAACGCUCAAAUUAAAGUUGUAUCGAAGGAGGACGGCUCUUUCCGACUGGAGAAUAUGACCGCUGGCACCUAUACUAUUCGUGUUAACAAGGACCUCAUGUACUUUGAGCCAAUCACAGUGAAGAUUGCCCCAAACACGCCUCAGCUUCCGGACAUCAUCACUGCAGGGUUCAGCGUUUGUGGUCAAAUUCAAAUCAGUCGACUCCCGGAGGUCAUGAAGCAGCAGGGCCGCUAUAAGGUCACGCUGACACAACAAGGUCAAGACAGAAGCAGCCGCACCGUCGACUCCGAUCCUCAAGGGGGCUUCUGCUUUCAGGCCAAAUCUGGAGACUACGUCGUCCAUGUGUCGCUCCCCGAGGCUGAGGUGAAAGCUGGCCUGGCUCUGCAGCCUCAGGCCCUGGAGGUGUCCCUGGUGGACCGGCCGCUCACAGACCUACUGUUCACACAAUUCAUGGCCUCUGUCUCCGGAAAGGUCUACUGCUUAGCUUCUUGCGAUGACCUUGCAGUGACCCUGCAGCCAGUGAGCCGUCAGGGAGAGCGAAGAAGUGUGCCUCUGUCAGGCAGCAGUGAAGUCCUCAGCUUCUCCUUUGACAACAUCCUGCCUGGAAAAUAUAAAGUGGGUAUUGCUCAGGAGGAGUGGUGCUGGAAACACAAGUCUGUGGAGGUGGAGGUUUUGGACUCGGACGUGAUCGGAGUGGAGUUCAGACAGAUCGGUUACAUCCUGCGCUGCUCACUCUCUCAUGCCAUAACCCUGGAGUUUUUCCAAGAUGGGACUAAACCCGAAAACGUGGGCGUGUACAACCUCUCAAAAGGAGUCAACCGCUUCUGCCUGUCCAAACCUGGUGUUUACAAAGUCACCCCUCGCUCGUGCCACCAGUUUGAGCAGGACUUCUACACGUAUGAUACGUCUGCUCCCAGCAUCCUCACACUGACAGCUGUACGCCAUCACAUGACUGGACUCAUUACAACAGACAAGCUCAUGGAUGUCACUGUCACUAUUAAAUCAUCUAUUGAGAGUGAGCCUGCGCUGGUCCUCGGGCCCCUGCGCAGUCUGGAGGAGCAGCGUCAGGAGCAACAGCUGCAGGAGAUUCAGCUGCGGCGUCAGGAGCGAGAACGGCGAGCAGCCGAGGAGGAGGGAGGGGCCAAAGACGACAGUCCCCCCAUCCAGGAGAGGGCUGACGAGCUCACAGGGCCCUUCCAUUAUGAGUUCUCUUACUGGGCGAGGGCUGGAGAGAAAAUUACUGUGACUCCAUCUUCAAAGGAGCUGCUCUUCUACCCCCCAGAGGUAGAAGCCACCAUAACUGGAGAGUCGUGCCCGGGGCGCCUGGUGGACAUCUCAGGGCGCGCAGGGCUCUUCCUCGAAGGAAAAGUGUCGCCUGAACUUCAGGGAGUCGAGAUUUCCAUCACAGAACGAGGAGCCGCGCUCCCGCUCAUCACUGUAGCAACCAAUGAGAUGGGCGUGUACAGUGUGGGGCCGCUGCACAGUGGGCUUCAGUAUGACAUUACGGCCAGUAAAGAGGGCUUUGUGCUGAGUCCUGUGGAGGGGACUCAGGGAGACUUUAAGGCCUUCGCUCUGGCAGGAGUCACCUUUAAGAUCCAGUCAGAGGACGGUGUGCCUCUGUCAGGUGUCCUCCUGUCUUUGAGUGGAGGGCAGUUUCGGUCAAAUCUAUUGACCCAAGACACCGGCUUCCUGACUUUCAAUAAUCUGAGCCCUGGUCAGUACUACUUCAAACCCAUGAUGAAGGAGUUUCGAUUUGAGCCGACUUCACAGAUGAUCACAGUAGAAGAAGGUCAAAACCUUAGCAUUGAUAUUGUCGGCAUUAAGACGGCUUACAGCUGUUAUGGGGCAGUGCAGUCCUUGAGUGGAGAUGCAGAGCGGGACGUGGCCGUGGAGGCGGUGGGACAGGGCGACUGCAGCCUGUACAGCGAAGACACGGUCACUGAUGAAGAGGGUCGCUUCAGACUCCGUGGUCUGCUGCCGGGCUGCAAGUAUCUCAUCAAGUUGCGAGCAGAAGGCAACGACCACAUUGAGAGAGCGCUGCCUCAGCAUAGAGCAAUUGAGGUUGGCAGCAAUGACAUUGAAGGGGUCAACAUUAUUGCCUUCAGACAAAUCAAUCAGUUUGACCUCAGUGGAAAUAUUAUUACGUCUCCUGAACAUCUUGCCACACUUUCGGUGAAACUGUAUAAGAGCGACAAUCUGGACAAUCCAAUCAACAGUGUGUCUCUGGGACAGUCUCUGUUCUUCCAUUUCCCUCCUCUGGACAGAGACGGAGAGAACUACGUGCUGAUGCUGUACUCCACACUGUCUCGCUCUCAGUACGACUUCACACUGCCCCAAGUGUCCUUCACCUCCACUGGAUACCACAAGCACAUCACCCUCCCCUUUAACCCCACUCGUAAAGUGCCUGACCAAGAUGUGGCCCAAGGCUCCUACAUUGCUCUGCCGCUGACACUGCUACUUCUCUUGGCUGCAUAUAACCACGAAAGGGUCAUUCCACUUCUGCUGCAGCUGGUGAGCCGGGUCCAGGGAGUGAGGAGCAUGGCCCAGACCAGCGGAGACAUCGCCGCAGUGGACGAGGCCAAACGGCAGGCGAAACGAGCCAAAUCCCGACGCACGUGA